AAUACGAAAUUAUUGGGCCCACUUACUAAAAUCUUAGAAUUCCUCCAUUUUCGGACCAAGGCGGUCUUAAAAUGAGCUUUUAUAAUGUAAUAGUAGUUAUCGUUUGACACGUAUAUCAUAUUUGAAAUAUUUUAGAGUAUUUAAUUCAUCGCUUUUAUAAUCACGUGAACAUACUAGAUAAUAGUUUCACAUAUUCAGUAUUCUGAGAAAUUCAUUGCUGCCAGACAUAACUGAAAAUCCAAGAUUGCUUGUUGAGAUCGGAUCUCUUUCCUCUUCUUCUCAUCUUACGAAGUUAGUAACAUUCACAUACACUGUUUCCAGCGCCGUCUAAAAACUGCAACAUGGUGUCUUUUGAGAUGAAUGACAGGAAAAAAAUUGGACUGGGAUUGACUGGUUUUGGCGUCCUUUUCUCAUUUCUGGGAAUAAUAUUCUUCUUUGACAAGGGGCUUCUUGCCAUGGGAAAUAUCCUCUUCCUGUCAGGGGUGAUGUUAACCAUUGGAUUGAAAUCCACCAUGCAGUUCUUCAUGAAACGCCAGAACUACAAGGGAACAUUUUCCUUCGGCUCCGGCUUCUUUAUGGUCCUUGUGGGGUGGCCCAUCAUGGGCAUGAUCUUGGAGGCUUAUGGAUUCAUUGUACUCUUCAGCGGCUUUUGGCCUACUCUGGCAGUGUUUCUGCAAAGAAUACCUGUUCUUGGAUGGUUGUUCCAGCAACCUUUUGUGACAUCUUUCUUUGAUCGCUACAGACCUAGACGAGUACCUGUGUAAAUGAUUCCAGCUCUAGGACCCACACGUUACAAACCUGAUGUAAGAUGGCAUCCAAUCGAGAGAUUCGAACUCCUGAUUUUUCUUACUCAUUGUAGUUGAAAAUGUUCACUUGAUUGAUUCAUCAUUUUUGGGCAUUCCAACCCUCUCGUGUAUGUGGGAUUACCUCGGCCGCCUCUGUUGAAAUGAUUUCGGUUCUUCAAAUUUUUUUUGCCCUGUGAAUCUGUAAAAACAAAGAUGGUUAUGAUUUGCAUACAGCCAAAUGAUACGGUGAAUUUUCUGCCGGUUCGAGGUGUAA